UUCUUCCUCGGCCAAGCUGGUUCCAGACCCCAAUUUUCGUUGGGGCACGCUGUGGAAUGCUUGGGGACCGUAAGAUGUCUGGCCUCCAUCUAUCAGCCGAAAAGUUUGCUAUCAGAUGAUGUCCACUUGGCAAAGUUUCUUCUCGGAGUAAUUGAAAGUUAUCAUGCUCAGUGCCUGUUGUCAACUUGCACGAGCACCAGUGAAAAUGUUGCGUCUCAACUGGCAAGAGGUUAUCUAAAAGCAAUCAGUUGUGGGAAGUUCCAACAGCCGCAUUUACUUUGCUCAGUGAAGCAUUCACAAGAAUCGGGUCUUCGUUCCCCACUUAUAUUUGGCAAUCUGCUAUGGAGGUCAUUAGGAAAGUGAUGGACGUCUUACUGUCUCAGAACUUCCUUGUUGAAGGUGCUCCUGCGACAAGGUUUUAUGUUCCGCUCCUUGGAUUUCUACAUCUGGUUCUUACCAAUGCUAAGGGUUUUCAAAAUGACCAUGUUCCUGCUUUUGUGGCAACUUUGCGAAUGUUCUUUACGUAUGGCCUGUCACAACCCUUAUACUCCACUAAUGCUGGCACACAUAAGAAUGCUGCUAAAUUGAUUUCAGAAGACACUAAGAAAGAGCGUAUUCCGUAUCGCCCUCCUCACCUGCGCAGAAAGGAAAAUGUAAACAUGAAGCAGCUUAAAGCUCAGGAAUUAUCUUGUUCCUCACUUCCUCUGAUCAAGAGUCUUUUGCAUUGGAACUUAUUUCAUCAGAUUCAGAUUGCAGUGACAGUGAUGGAUCUGUUAAAGAUAAUGAUACUAUUAAAAGUUCAAAAGUCAGGACUGCUGCUAUAGUUUGCCUACAAGAUCUUUGUCUAGCUGAUCCCAGAUCCUUUACCACUCAGUGGACUAUGAUUUUGCCUACAACUGACGUACUAGAAACAAGGAAGUUUGAAGCUACUCUGUUGACUUGCUUGCUGUUUGAUCCUUAUUUGAAGGUACGGAUGGCAUCCGCAUCCACUCUGGCAGUCAUGCUGGAUGGCCCUUCAUCAGUUUUCCUGCAGGUAGCUGAGUACAAAGAGUCCAGCAAG